AGAGAGAUAGAGAUAGAGAGAGAAAGAGAAGAAGGCAGAUGGAGGUUGCGUCGGGGGUUGAUAGCGGAGAGAGAGGAGGAUGAACGCGCGCGAGGGCGCGUGAGACAGAGAGAAGAAGAUUGUAGAUAGAAAGGAGCGAGAGAGAAACUCGAACACACACAGGAUAGAAGGCGCGCGAGGGUGGACAGAACGGAGUAAGCGGGCAGCGGACCGGGGGUUGCGAAAGGGGGGUGGCGAAUGAAGGGGGUGCGAAGGGGCGGACGGCGGAGUGGUGCGUGUGCGCGCGCGCGCUCGGCAGCGCGACAGCGGAGAGACACGGUCCGCGAGAGAGCGAGGGCGCCCCGAAGUUUUCGACGAGUCUCUCCAAGAGGGAUCCUCGGCCCGAGACGUGGCGUAUCGUGUCGCGCCCGAGGUGUUGUUACCGAGACAUCGUCAGCGUGAUCAACAAAAGCCCGUGUCGAAUACGCCUUGUGCUCAUCCACCGUGUCGCGGGUCGCGUAAGCGCGCGUAACUUCCUACGUUUCACCCUGGUGACAGUUACUACGGUUGAUUAGCCGACACUCGGUUAGCACCGACAACAGCGUGCAGCGCACGUCUCUACUACGUUGCUGCCACCUUCCCAGGGUGUGUCCAUGAGGUCUCGGCAGCGGCGACCCGACAGACUGCCGCCGUUGCCUGCGUCAUCGUCGUCACCGUCGUCGUCGUCGUCGUUGUCGUCAUCGUCGUCGUCGUCGUCGUCGUCGUCGUCGUCGUGGUGGUGCGUGCUCUCCUGCCGCCGCCGGCCGUGAUCAUCGGCGACGACCAAGGAUUACAAGGACGUGGAGGAGGAGGGUACGUAGCCGAGCGUUCAGGAUGCAGCAUGAACCUCGGUACCCCGCACUGGGAGCUCGCGAGCCUCGGCAGGGGGACUACGACGACGACGGUGUUGCUCAGCAGGUGCUUUCGCCGGUCGGCUGCAGGUCGGAAGACUCCGUCGUCCGCGAUACACGCAACGCCGUCGCACGCAACGCCGUCGAGAGCUGCCGCCGCCGCCGGCGUCGUCGCGCUCACCCGGAAGUCCUCGCACGCACCUGGCACAGCGGAGGCAGCAACGACAGAAGCAGCGGCAGCAGCAGCAGCAGCAGCAGCAGCAGCAACAGCAGCAGCAGCAGCAGCAGCGGCAGCGAGAGCAACAGUGGCAGAAACGGCAGCAACAGCGGCGCAAGCGACAAGAGGAAGAGAGGACAGCAGACCGGCGAGCGGCACGAGGUGGUGGUGCAGGAGGUGCAGGUGGCGCGGCAGAAGGAAAAGGCGGAAGCGCUGGUGGAUUACGAACGCGGGGAGCGCGCGAUCGCGCCGUUACCACCGUUACCGUUGGCGCCGUUGCCGUUGCUGCUGUCGCCGCGGCAACUCCUCGAGACGGCGAGCGCGCCGAGCAUCGUCGUCGCCGUCGCAGCGGCUGCUACCACAGCCGCGACUGCCGUCGCCGCCGAGCUCAGCGGCCGAGGUACGCUGGUCCAGGGGAACUUCUAAGGGCCCCGCCAACCCGGGCCGCUCAGGCAGGCACCUGGGCAAUUGGUCCGGGAUACGCACGAGCGGGGCUGAUACCAUCGUACAGGGAUACCCCGGUGAGCAGUCGCUCGCCAACAGAGCGACAGGCUGGAGCGGUGGGAGGUGGCGGAGGAGCGGGCGA